AUGAAUAUCAUUAUUGAAUUAAUAAUAUGACGAGAGAUAAGUAUAUAAAUUAAAUAAUAAAAAUCAUUUAAGAAACAAUUAUCGACUUUUGUACAUUUGAAUAAUUCAAACAUCGCGCGGAAAAUUGAAGCCCUUACUUUCUGCUCCCUCAUGUAUUAGCCAAUCGCCGUCGUAUCUGUCGUGUAACUCAACUGCCGACGUCGUUCGAUGAUCGUCGCACAGCGCGCGGUUAGCACAGAAGUGACCUGCCAUCUUUUCUCCACAGUGCCGAUUUCUUUUGUUAUAAAGUUAGUGAAAAAUAUCAAAAGAGCCAUUUUGUCUGACAUUUAUCUGAUAAGCCUGCCUAUCCUGCCAUCGUUCCUCCACAGUGCAGAUUUCUUUUGUUAUAAAGUUAGUGAAAAAUAUCAAGUGAGCCAUUUUGUCUGCCAUUUGUCUGAAAAACCUGCCCAUCCUGCCAUCGUUCCUUCACAGUGCAGAUUUCUUUUGUUACAAAGUUAGUGAAAAAUAUCAAGAGAGCCAUUUUGUCUGCCAUUUGUCUGCCAUUUGUCUGGUAUAUAUUACUAAUUUGAUCAUGCCUAGACUGAUUCGUUAUCCUGGCCAAUCUAAAAAUCACAGUUUUUUUUACGAUGGAUUUUCAUACCACUGUGAAUGGUCAAGAAAUGACCGAGUUUUCCGAUGCAGCAGAAGAAAAAAAUUUCACUGCCCAGGAAAAGUCACAAUCUUGGACGAGGACCUGAACAUUGAUGAAAGUAAAACAACAGCGCACUAUGGUCAUGAACCAGAUUUGCUUUUUUUGGAAAAGAUGGCAUUCAAACGCGAACUGUUUAGACGUUGCCAAGAAACAAGUGAAUCAUUAAUAAAUAUAUGGAAUAAUAUGUCAUUGGAGUUUCCAGAUAUUGCAAUUCAUUACCCUCACACAAGAUUAUGGUCUUCUAUGAAUAAUUAUAGAAGAUUAAGAGCGCCGAAGAUGCCAGAAAAUCUUCGCGAAUUAGCCGAAAGAGUCGGUCAAUAUGAUCCAAUUAAAAAUAUGUAUAUCGGGCAUUGCGAGGACGCUAAUGGUGGAAUUGCACUAAUGUUCAUGCAUUCCGACAUGCGUGAGCCAUUGAAGGAGUGCACGGCAUUGUAUGGUGAUGGCACCUUCAAGAUCAGGCCAAAUAAUCCACGCGAUAUUGCGCAAGUAUAUACUUUUCAUCUGAUGAAAAAUUUGUCGGGGUUCCCGGCAUUUUUUUUCCUUACUAAUUCAAGAACUGCAGACUUGUACAAAGCUAUGCUUCGUCAGAUGAUUCAAGUAAUUCCCGAGUUAGCUAAUUUAAAGAGUAUAAGCACGGAUUUUGAGAGGUCAAUAAUUACCGCCGUUAGAGAAGUGUUGCCGAAUGCACGAUUGAGUGGUUGCCUGUUCCACUACAUGCAAGCUUUGCGUAGAUACUGGUACUGGAAAUGUCGUAUUCCAGAUGAAUUUCAUAAUAUUCUGGAAUAUGCGAUGUCACUAGCUUAUCUUCCAGCAGAAAAUAUGGAAGCAGGCUUUAACGUCGUCAUGGGGCUGAUGAAUUACCACAACGUUCCAAACGCAGAUCGUUUUAAUACGUACUUUAGACGUCAGUGGCUUCCACUCGCAAACGUUGUUAGCGUUUAUGGAAGACGCAUUAGAACCAACAACAUAUGCGAGAACUUUCAUCUGCAUGCCAAAACUUUUAUUGGUGUAAGACAAGGUUUAUGGCUUAUGCUAGAGAGAUUGGGAAAACUCGCACAACUUUUUACUAUUCGAUACAAGACAGCGGUGCAAACUGGCCUUUUGUAUUGGAGCUGGCCUGCAGAUCUGUUACGUGCCAACCGAGAUCUUGACGCGAUGGAACCAACCCUUCAAGAAAUUGGAGUUCGGGCUUAUUUAGAGUUUGUCGUUCGUCAGCGUCGAGGAACGUUUUUGCCAGAGAUCGAAAAUGACAAUGGGGACGAAAAUGAAAAUUACGAAGAGGAUGAUACUUUGGUUGAUGAAUUACAUCGGAUCGGCCUCAACGUAUUCAUUGCUCAGGAUGAAACAGGAAACGAGUUUGAAACAGGCGUACCUCCAAACCAACCAAUUCGAUUGGCACCUGUUCAAGUUCGACUACAGGAUCUGCCUGACGAUGCCGAGCUCAAUAAUCCUUUCGCUCCAAACCGUAGGGGUAGAGGACGGGGCAGAGGAUCAGCUAGAGGAGGAGCAAGAGGCGCUAGAAGAGGAGCAGGCGGAAGAGGAGGAAACAGAGGAGCAGCAGCAGGAAGAGGAGGAGCCAGAGGCAGGGGAGUCGCAAGAGGCACAGGCGAGAGAGGUGCAAGAGGUCGAGCGAGAGGUGCAAGAGGUCGAGCGAGAGAUGUAAUUUUACAAGACCAUCAACCUCCAGAUGCAGUAGAUCUAGCAGGUGUAGAGGCUCCACUUGCAUUGAAUGUAGAUAAUGUAAUACCGGCUGCCCAGGGUCCACCUGCUUUGGUUGAAGAACUUCCAGCUGCAAUAGCUGGGACUGCAGAGGCUCCACCUGCAUUUGCCGCACCUAUAGUAGCUGCAGUAGAAGAAGCUCAACUUGCAAUAGCUCAACCUGCAAUGAAUGCGAUGGAUGCAGUAGAACCAGUACUGGAGCAAGUAAUUUUUAAUCAGCGGGAACAAUCAUCUAAUAUGAUAAAUGACGUCAAUCCAAAUGGAGGAAACGGGCGAGAGCAGAGUUCAGAGGAAAAUUUAAAUCGUAUAGACGAUAGUGGUAAGUUUCUAUAACAUCGUUUAUAGUUCUCCGUUGAUUUUAUUUGUUUUAUUUUUUCCUGAAGCAG